CGGGCCGCGUGAGGGCGGGAGGGCUGACCCGGGGUCUCGGGCUGCGCUCUGGGCCCGCAGGGAGGGGGCGGCCCCGCACGGUCUCCCGCACCUGCCCGAGUUGCGGCCCCACGGACGGUGACCCGCGCCGUGUCCUGGGAACGCUGCCCCCCUCGCGCCAAGGGACCAGGGGACGCCCGUCUGGGGGCCGGGGCCGCGGCCGCGCUGCGGAGCCGCCCACGUUGCGCUCCAGGAGCCAGAGCCCUCAGGGUGGGUGUCAGGACAUGCUGAUCUCCCCUCAAGACAGCUGGCGGGCGCCCUGGUCAUGGAGGACUGCAAUGUGCACUCGGCCGCCAGCAUCCUGGCCUCGGUGAAGGAGCAGGAGGCCCGCUUCGAGAGGCUGACACGGGCGCUGGAGCAGGAACGGCGCCAUGUUGCCCUGCAGCUGGAGCGUGCCCAGCAGCCUGGCAUGGUCAGUGGUGGCUUGGGCGGUGGGCAGCCCCUGCCAAUGGCCUGGCAACAGCUGGUCCUCCAGGAGCAGAGCCCAGGCAGCCAGGCCUCACUGGCCACGAUGCCAGAGGCGCCUGACGUGCUGGAGGAGACCGUGACGGUGGAGGAGGAUCCCGGCACACCCACCUCCCAUGUGUCUGUUGUCACAUCCGAAGAUGGCACGACCCGGCGCACUGAGACCAAGGUCACCAAGACUGUCAAGACGGUGACCACUCGGACAGUACGCCAGGUGCCCCUGGGCCCGGACGGACUCCCCCUGCUGGAUGGUGGCCCCCCACUAGGCCCUUUUGCCGAUGGUGCCCUGGACCGGCAUUUCCUGCUGCGUGGUGGUGGCCCAGUGGCCACACUUUCUCGAGCCUACCUCACCAGUGGGGGCAGCUUUCCCGAAGGCCCCGAUCCCCGGGACGGCCCUAGCUAUGGCAGCCUGUCCCGAGGGCUGGGCAUGCGGCCCCCACGUGCUGGCCCGCUUGGCCCAGGCCCUGGCGACGGCUGCUUCACACUGCCUGGCCACCGGGAGGCCUUCCCAGUGGGUCCUGAGCCUGGGCCACCAGGUGGCCGCUCCCUGCCCGAGCGCUUCCAGGCAGAGCCGUAUGGCUUGGAGGAUGACACGCGCAGCCUGGCCGCUGAUGACGAGGGCGGCCCUGAGCUAGAGCCUGACUAUGGCACAGCCACGAGGAGGAGGCCUGAGUGUGGGCGGGGCCUUCACACCAGGGCCUACGAGGAUGCUGCAGAUGAUGGCGGCGAGCUGCUGGAUGAGCGGCCUGCCUUCUCAGCGGUGACAGCGCCCCUGGCCCAGCCCGAACGGGGCAGUCUGGGCAGCCUGGAUCGGCUGGUGCGGCGCUCGCCCUCAGUGGAUAGUGCCCGCAAGGAGCCGCGCUGGCGGGACCCUGAGCUGCCUGAGGUGCUGGCCAUGCUGCGGCACCCCGUGGACCCCGUGAAGGCCAAUGCGGCUGCCUACCUGCAGCACCUGUGCUUUGAGAACGAGGGUGUCAAGCGGCGUGUGCGGCAGCUGCGGGGGCUGCCACUGCUUGUGGCGCUGCUGGACCACCCGCGGGCCGAGGUGCGGCGCCGGGCCUGUGGGGCACUGCGCAAUCUCUCCUAUGGCCGCGACACUGACAACAAAGCCGCCAUCCGGGAUUGUGGUGGUGUGCCUGCCCUGGUGCGCCUGCUGCGGGCCGCCCGUGACAACGAGGUCCGCGAGCUUGUCACUGGCACAUUGUGGAACCUGUCGUCCUAUGAGCCCCUGAAGAUGGCCAUCAUUGACCAUGGCCUGCAGACGCUGACCCACGAGGUCAUCGUGCCCCACUCAGGGUGGGAGCGUGAGCCCAAUGAGGACUCCAAGCCACGGGAUGCCGAGUGGACAACUGUCUUCAAGAACACGUCAGGCUGCCUGAGGAAUGUGAGUUCCGAUGGUGCAGAGGCCCGGCGGCGGCUCCGGGAGUGUGAAGGGCUGGUGGACGCGCUCCUGCAUGCCCUGCAGUCAGCGGUGGGCCGGAAGGACACGGACAAUAAGUCGGUGGAGAACUGCGUGUGCAUCAUGCGGAAUCUGUCCUACCACGUGCACAAGGAGGUGCCCGGGGCCGACAGGUACCAGGAGGCCGAGCCUGGGCCCCUGGGCAGUGCUGUAGGCUCCCAGCGCCGAAGGCGGGAUGAUGCCAGCUGCUUUGGUGGCAAGAAGGCCAAAGAGGAGUGGUUCCACCAAGGAAAGAAGGAUGGUGAGAUGGACCGGAAUUUUGACACGCUGGACCUGCCCAAGCGAACUGAGGCUGCCAAAGGCUUUGAGCUGCUGUACCAGCCCGAGGUGGUACGUCUCUACCUCUCCCUCCUCACGGAGAGCCGGAACUUCAACACCCUGGAGGCUGCCGCCGGUGCCCUGCAGAACCUCAGUGCCGGCAACUGGAUGUGGGCCACAUACAUCCGCGCCACAGUGCGCAAAGAGCGCGGGCUGCCAGUGCUGGUGGAACUGCUGCAGUCUGAGACCGACAAGGUGGUACGCGCGGUCGCCAUCGCCCUGCGCAACCUCUCGCUGGAUCGGCGCAACAAAGACCUCAUCGGGAGCUACGCCAUGGCUGAGCUGGUGCGGAACGUGCGCAAUGCACAGUCUCCGCCGCGACCAGGGGCCCGCCUGGAGGAGGACACCGUCGUGGCUGUGCUCAACACCAUCCACGAAAUCGUAUCCGACAGCCUAGAUAACGCACGCUCGCUCCUGCAGGCACGCGGGGUGCCUGCGUUGGUGGCUCUCGUCGCCUCCAGCCAAUCGGUACGGGAGGCAAAGGCGGCGUCGCACGUGCUGCAGACAGUGUGGAGCUACAAGGAGCUGCGUGGUACCCUGCAGAAAGAUGGCUGGACCAAGGCGCGCUUCCAGUCAGCUGCUACUACUGCCAAGGGGUCUAAGGGUGCACCGAGUCCUGGGGGGUUUGAUGACAGCACGCUGCCACUGGUGGAUAAGAGCCUCGAGGGUGAGAAAACUGGCAGCCGGGAUGUGAUCCCCAUGGACGCACUGGGCCCAGAUGGGUACUGCACAGUAGACCGGAGGGAGCGGAGGCCGAGGGGCACCGGCUCUGCAGGAGAGGCCUCUGAGAAGGAACCACUGAAACUCGACCCCAGCAGGAAGGCCCCUCCCCCAGGGCCCAGCAGGCCCACGGUCAGGCUGGUGGACGCCGUGGGGGAUGCUAAGCCUCAGCCCGUUGACUCCUGGGUCUAGCUUGCAUGCCUGGGCCCUGGGCCAGCCUCUUGUUCUUAGGGCUUGUAUCAUGGAAGAAGCAGAUCCUGCCAUGGAGCUUGGAGCCCCCUGGCGGCAGGGCUUGGCAGCGCCUCUCCCCAGCCAAGACUGACUUUGGGGACACCCUCCUGCCCUCCCCCCGCCCCCACCCCACCUAACUCCCUAGGCCUGAGUUAGCUGUUUACUGACAUGGUGCUGUGUGUGAGCGAGUGACAGAAGGCCCGAGGAGGCUGACUGGGCUGCUGGGGCAGGGCCCAGGGAGAUGGCAGGGAAGAAUACUUGGCUGGGCUUUGGGGCUGGUGGGAAAGGAGGGCGCCCCUGGGAACACAGUGCCCCAGAGGAGUGGGCCAGGUCUGGCACCAGGGGCAGGUGGCUAGUCAGGGAGGGGGCUGGGAAAGAACUUGGACUCCAUGAGGCGGAGGGGCUUCCUGGGCACCCUGCAGGCAGGCAGACCACGGUGUGGGGGGUGCCUCAUGAGGCUCAGUCCAGGGCAAGGAAGCUUUGGAAGCAGCAAGAAGGGGGUCAGGCUACAGGUGUCCCACCUCCCCAGAGUCUGGAUGGCACGCGAGGCCCCUGUGCUGUGGAGCCCUUCCCCAGCUGAUGCUGGCUGGGGCCGGGGCUGCUGCGUCUGCCUGGAGCCCGGGCGGCACCGCCAGGACUGACCUUCGGCAGCGGCACGGGGAUUGCUUUCAGUGCCUGCUCGGUCCGUGACUCAGAAACAGAAGAAAAACACUGAGAAAAAGCAUUAAAAAUGAAGCCAAAAUAAGACUAUUGGUAAACAUCUAAAUUUUUGUAAGAAAAUUUAAAAAUUAAAGCAGCAAAGGAACUUCUUGCUUUCUGCCA